GUGUACGCGAUGUCUUAGUACUGCCCUCCAGCCGCAGUGCGCAGACGUGAACAGACUUCUCGCGUAUGCGCAUACUCGGCGCACUGUGUACGGAACCAUGCAAGAGAAGAAGCCUUCAGUCCGCUCCAAUGACCCGUCCCAGCGGCGCGUGCUGGACUCCGCCACCCGGAAGAGGCGGCUGAACCGUCAGCUCGAUGCUCUGGAGAAGGAUAAUUUCCAGGACGACCCUCACGCCAACCUCCCGCAGCUGAAGCGCCUGCCGCAGUUCGAUGACGACGCCGAGACCGGAAAGAAGAAAAAGAAGACGCGAGGCGAUCACUUCAAACAGCGAUUCCGGAAGAACUUCCAGGCGCUACUAGAAGAGCAGAAUUUAAGCACGGCCGACGGACCCAAUUACCUGACGGCGUGCGCUCUCCCGUCUGACUUCCCCCAGCGCCACUUCUGCUCCGUCUGCGGCUUCCCGUCGAAUUACUCGUGCGUGUCGUGCGGCGCGCGCUACUGCUGCGUGAAGUGUUUGGGAACCCACCAGGAAACACGGUGUCUGAAGUGGACCGUGUAAUAUCCGUGUAAUAUCCGUGUAAUAUCCGUGUUUUUACGGCGUCCCAGCGACCUUUAAUGUGUUUCUUUUCUGUAAAUAUCGAUCUCUGUAAAAUAAAUGUUUUUUGUAUUA